AUGAACGGGGGGGAGCUUCGACAGCGGAAGCCCGCGGCCGACGUCAAAACGGAACUCCAGGCUCCUAACGGCGACGAGCCGCGUCUCAAACAUGGAAUUCCCAUGCAGGUGUUGCGUUCCCUGCUUCUUGCAACCUGGUUCAAUUGCUGUUGCAUCAUCACCUUGAUGACCCAGAUAGUUGGCUCUCCUCUAUACUUCAUCAGCAAAAAGAAAUACUACGCCUGGAUGGCGUCAACGAAACGGUCUUUCGCCGUCGUCAUAACAGCUCUUACUCAGUGGGGUUGCCCUACCUACGUUCGGGUUAGUGGUGACAACAGUGUACGCGGCCAGAUUCACAUUGCGAAGGAUGGGCGGUUAAGAACGACAUUUCCGGAGCGACUUGUCAUGAUCGCAAACCACCAGGUCUACACUGACUGGAUUUAUCUGUGGUGGAUUGCUUAUUCCAAUUCGAUGCAUGGCCACAUCUUCAUCAUCCUCAAAGAGUCACUCAAAUAUAUCCCAAUCCUUGGCCAGGGGAUGAUGUUCUAUGGCUUCAUUUUCAUGGCGCGCAAAUGGCUAUCUGACAAGCCACGACUGCAGCAUCGCUUGCAGAAGUUGAAGACGCAGACAAUAGGCUCCGACUCGGGCGCUCCCCAGUACGAUCCAAUGUGGCUUUUGAUCUUCCCAGAGGGGACCAACCUGUCCGUAAACACCAAGCGCCGAAGCGAUGCGUAUGGAGAGAAGCAGUCUCUGUCGCCUUUGAGACAUGAGAUUCUUCCUCGCUCAACUGGGCUGUUUUUCUGCUUACAACAGCUGAGAGGGACUGUCGACUGGGUGUAUGAUUGCACUGUUGGUUAUGAGGGUCCUCCAAGGGGUAGCUACGCUGACAAAUAUUUUACCCUCCGGUCAACGUAUCUUCAGGGGCGUCCACCAACCUCUGUCAACAUGUACUGGAGACGAUUUGCCGUUGCUGAUAUCCCUCUUGACGACCAGAAAGGCUUUGAUGUCUGGCUUAAUGCCCGCUGGACGGAGAAGGACGAGCUACUUGAGCAGUACUUUGAAACUGGCCGGUUCCCAUCCGAUCUAGCUGGUAGUAUCGAGGUUGGCGAUGGAGAUGCGGCUCAGCUGAAUGCGGCUGAAAGUGGGUAUGCGGAGGCGUCUGUCCGGUUGGCGCACUGGACAGAAAUUGGUAGGAUUUUCAGGGUGCUAUUUGGUCUCGCUUUUCUCUGUCGGGUUCCUAGACUCAUGGGAUUGCUUGGGUUGAGCAAUGCUUAA